CCUCAUUUUGUUUAUAUAUUUGGUCAUGGAAAUAGGUCAGCACUCAGCAGAAAUGGAAGCCACUGCCAUUUUGAUCACCAAUGGGGUGAGUUGGAGGAAUCCGUCAUUUCAGAGCCCUGCUGGAGUGGAUUUAUUGUUGUUAUUUCUUCUCUCUUAAUCCAAUUCCAAGUACAUUACCAAAAAGUCCAAUUCCAAGUACUCGCCGGCGGAUUUUUGACUCGAGCUGUGCGCUCCAUCUUCGAGGUCAAAAAAAAAAAAAAAUCCCUCCUUUCGAUGUGUCUCAGUCCAUGGAGCAGUAGCCAGUAGGAGGAGAAGGACGAAGGAGAAGAAGAAUAGUAUUGAGAUUGAUCAGAAGAAGAAGAUCUAGGAGUGAGAGUGAAGUGAAUUAUUGGGAGCCAUCAAUGCCUGGUGAUGAGGGUGGUGGAGUGGAGCACAAGUGGGGAGAGGAGGGUUCGGAGUCUAAUUCGGACAUGGGGCCGGAUCGACGGGGGCAGAGAGGAUGUUCGGGCGUUGGCUCGCCGGGGAGGCUGGAGGAUGCGGCCGUGCCGCCUCCCAAAAUUAGCAUCGUAAUUUCGCAGCCCGAGGAGGUUCCGAAUCACCUCAAGGUGAACGUCUCGAAGAGUGCUGCUGCUGAGGGGGACGAGAAGAUUGGUGGGGUGGCAGCUCCAAAGAAAGGCUGCUUGCCGAGGAGUGAGAGUUACCAAGAGCAGUGCAGAGUUUGUCAGCAGCAAACAGAAGAACCUCUGAUGGAUCUUGGGUGCACAUGCCGAGGUGAGCUUGCACAAGCACACCGCUCAUGCAUAGAGCUCUGGUUUCGUACUAGAGGUUCAAAUAAAUGUGAGAUAUGCCAACAGGUGGCUGCAAAUAUCCCAAUUCCAGAGUCCCAACCAACUACAAAUUAUUGGGUUUGGAGGGAUGACUCAACCUCUGGAGGGGGACAGGGAGAACGUGAAAGGGGACGCAUUAGCCCAUUGUGGGUUGCCUUUGCCAUUUUAAUUGGAGGACUCCUGUUGGAUGUGCUAAUAUCUAUUUCUCUUGGUGUUUCUGCACUUCCUGUGAACGUCAUAAUUGGUGUUCUCAUUGUGCUGGGAUUAGGCACUGCUUUUCGGCUUGCACUGGAAUGUUGUUAUGAGUGGGGUUCAAGGAGAAAUGUUCAGAUGGUAGACAUGACCACUAUAAAUCCUGGUUACCAUCCUGGCAUGUAAUUGGCUUUGUACAUUAUAUUGAUAAGCAUCAGUUUUUGCUAUUUUUUAAAAUUUAUUCUUCCAUUUUGGAAAGUUAUAUCUUUGCAAAUGAUUGGGUGAAUACCAAGCAUAGCGGUGGUUUGCCAUUAAUACAUUGUUUAGAUCUAUUCAUUUCAAAGCUCUUUCUUUGUCUCUCC